CCGACCUGAGGCGUCGGGCAUCGGCUUCUCCCCGCGCUGCAGCCCUCCCGAUAUGGAGCCGUCCGCGCGAAGCCGCCGAGAGUGAUCCCCACUCUGCGACCGACCGACUGGCCGCCCCCUCGGCGCACCGCGCUUGCUCCCAUGGAGCUGGACGAGACGCCGCUCGCCCCCCCGAAAACCAUGCUGCUUAUGCUGAGGAAAGUUCGCAAGAGGCGGGAGAUGUUGCUGCAGCAGCUGGGCUUCAUCUGCGCCAUCCUCUUCUUCGCCUGGUGCAUGUCCAGCCUGCUCUCUAGGUUGGGCCAAGAAUCACCGACUGCAGACAGACGCGUUUUGUCAGAAAUAUGGAGGAAUAGAAGGUUGAUGGCAUCUCCUAAUGGGACACAUGAAGAAAAGAACUGUACAGAACCAGCCAUUAAUGAAUUUCCUGAAGAUAUAUUUACAAAUAAAGAACGGCAGCAAGGAGGAGUUCUGCUUCAUAUCAUUGCUGCUCUUUAUAUGUUUUAUGCUUUGGCUAUAGUAUGUGAUGACUUCUUUGUUCCAUCUUUAGAGAAAAUUUGUGAGAAACUACAUUUGAGUGAAGAUGUUGCUGGAGCCACAUUCAUGGCAGCAGGGAGCUCCACUCCAGAACUGUUUGCGUCUGUUAUAGGUGUAUUUAUCACUCACGGAGAUGUAGGAGUAGGGACCAUUGUUGGUUCAGCAGUUUUCAACAUCCUCUGCAUUGUUGGUGUCUGUGGAAUGUUUGCAGGACAGGUGGUUUGUCUCACGAAAUGGGCUGUGUUCCGGGACUCUGUUUACUACACAAUAUCUGUGAUUGUACUUAUACUUUUCAUAUAUGAUGAGAAAAUAGAAUGGUGGGAAAGCCUUGUACUCAUCAUUAUGUAUUCAUUCUACAUACUUAUCAUGAAAUACAACGUGAGGAUGCAAAAUUUCUUCAGCCUUAAAAGCAAGAAUGUUGGAAAUGGUGACACAGUCAACAAUGAGCUCGAAGAUGGUAAUAAAUAUUAUGCCUCUAGUUGUGAUGACCCAUCCAUUCCAUUACUAUGGAAAGUGAAGGGGAUGCAGCAAUAUGGCAAAAACAGUGUUGUGAUGGUGGAUGAGAUCAUCUGUUCCAGUCCCCCCAAAUAUCGGUUCCCUGAAGCUGGAUUACGGAUUAUGAUUACAAAUAAAUUUGGACCACGUACGAGAAUGCGGAUGGCAAGCCGUCUUAUCAUUAAUGAGCGUCAGCGGUUAAUCCAGUCUGCCAAUGGCUCAAACAAACCACUUCAGAAUAGGAGACAUGAGAAUAUUGAAAAUGGGAACAUCCCUGUGGUGAACCAAGAGGAGGAAAAUGAACAGGACAAUCUAUCUCCCUUUUCAUUGCCAGAUGGAAAAAUGAACAAAGUUAAAUGGAUUGUGACAUGGCCGUUGAUAUUUGUGCUCUUUUGCACCAUUCCAAACUGCAGCAAACCACGCUGGGAGAGUUAUUUUAUGUUGACGUUCAUCUUGUCUACUCUCUGGAUCGCCGUGUUCUCAUACUUUAUGGUGUGGAUGGUGACUGUGAUUGGAUACACCCUUGGGAUACCAGAUGUGAUCAUGGGCAUUACUUUCCUAGCUGCAGGAACAAGUGUCCCAGACUGUAUGGCCAGCUUAAUAGUAGCAAGACAAGGCCUUGGUGACAUGGCAGUAUCCAACACAGUAGGGAGCAAUGUCUUUGAUAUUCUGGUUGGACUUGGCGUUCCAUGGGGUUUGCAGACCAUGGCAAUUGAUUGUGGAUCAACGGUUAAGAUAAACAGCAAAGGACUGGUCUAUUCAGUUGCACUUUUGCUAGGAUCAGUGGCACUUACUGUGCUUGGAAUCCAUGUAAAUAAGUGGAAACUUGACAGGAAAUUGGGCAUCUACGUGUUGUUUCUUUAUGCUGUUUUCCUUUGUUUCUCUAUACUGAUAGAGUUUAAUGUCUUCACCUUUGUCAACUUACCUAUGUGCCGAGAAGAACUUUAAACUACAACAAGGAGACAAACUGAAGUUCUUCUGAUUACAUGGGCUGUAAAUGACAGGAGGCAUUUCACCUUUUUACCUUCUUUCCAUCAGUAAUUUGAGUGUCAUUCCUGCUUCAUCAGCUAUCAAGCACUUUUACCUGUCUGGAAGGAAAGCAUAUCUUUCUUUUAACAUGCUAGCUCAAGGCAACCAAAGCGUUUUCCUUCUCUUUGGAUAUUGCUGCUCAGUCAUAAAGCUGUGUGGAUCUUAUGCAGAACUCUAAAAUGAUCCAUUCCUGGGACAUUCUGUUGUGCUUUUCAUUCUCCUUUUGCAGACAAUCAAGCACCAUGGUUAGCAGGCAGACAGGAGAAAAAAACUUUACAAUUCUUUUGGUUUUGACAUUUACUUUCCAUGGAAGGAUAAGAGAUGAAUUUAGAACUUUUCUUGGCUCGGAUAAAAUAUCUCAACUACAGGACUAGAAAGUCCAAGGCACAUAUCAUGGCAUGCACUGUUGAGGACAUCAUUUCCUCCUUCAGGUGCUCUGCUUAUAGAGAAACUGCACUGACAGUUUUGGAUGACAGUGUUGAAUAUUUAACACUCUUUUCAAUGAACAUGAAAAUUUGGCAGAGAAAGAAGAGGAAAUGGUUCUAUGUUGUAUCACUUGUGAUGAUGCACACUAAAAGAAUAUCUGCAUACUGAAGAAGAGCAUUACAUGCACAAAUUCAUACUUGAAAAAUAUGUUUCACCAUUAAUGAGGAAUGCUGUAUAUAUAAAUGUAAAUGAACAUUUGUGGAAUAUUACACCACAAGAAGAACUUUGCAUUGGCCCUUGUGAGUUCAUUGUGUAAGUUUAGAAGAAACUAAACAAAUAAAAUAUAACUGGGUGCUCAGUAGCUAUCAGUGAUUGUUAUCAGCUGAGUGUAAUAUCUGAACAUAAUACGGACUUUCUGUCAGAAAAACCCCACCCUGAUUAUGAUUUAAUUUGAUUGGUGGAAGAAGCUUAUUUCAUCAGUCAAGAAGCUGGUGUAUUCUUCUCCAUUUUACACUUGUUCCCAGAAGCUUAAUGAAGAUGAACAUCUGACACCGCACAGUGCAGAUGAGAAACUCCUACACAAAAGCAAGUCUGUCAAGAGAAUAUGGUCUUUGUUUUGAUUGCAUGCAAAUUUUAAAGCAUGAUAUGCUUUUUAACCCCCAGUAGAAGCCAGGUUUAGAUAUCCUUGCCACCAGCAUAAAUCUGAUCUAAAGAAUGACUCUGGAUAUAAUUGACAGCAAGAUAUGUCCCAGAGUAUUGAAAAUGAUGGGUGACAUUCCCCAUUGUAGCAGUCAUAUGAUUGCAAAUCACUGAGACAGCAUAUUUUAAAUUGCUACUAAACUUUAAAAAUGUUUUAAAGCUGUAUGUGAAUUAUCACAUAAAGUUUCUAAAGAAGCACAGUUAACUUUAUACAUAGAUUUUUAAUUUUGUAAUGUUUAUAAACCAAAACAAAUCUAUCAAUUAACAGUUGAUGCAUUUUUAAAUACAUUAAUAUUUUCCACUUAAGAUUAUGUAUAAAAUCCCAUCAUUGGGUCAAUGAGAACAUAAUAUAAAAUCUUAGCAAAUAAGCACUUUCUCAAAGUUCCUUAUUUUGACAUGUAUAAGAAAUAAUUGUUUAUCAUGCAGAAUACUGUUUAAACCAGGCAAUGUGUUUACAAUUAAGACUAUUUUAAAAUUAUUUUGGUACAAAUUAAAAGAGUGUAUUCUGCUGUUGAUUUUAUUUAUUUUUUUAAAAUGAAUUGGAUCCUUUCAAUGUAAUCCUAAAGGAAAAAAACAACAUAUUUAUUUGCUUUACACUUUGUCACAAAGAUAUUAGUGUCCUUUUAGGGGUUUUCACCUUAGUUAAGUAGUUACGUAGUUAAACUAGUCAGUCUUAAGGAUGACAACAAAUACAGCAUUACUAAAAUGCUUUCUUGAAUAGGCAAGCAUGGCAGUAAACACAUUUGAUCUCAAGUAUGACAGUGACCCCAUUUCCAGGCAUUCAAGACAUAUUUUUGCUGCAGUGUAAAGCUGAGGAGAUGGAAUUCAUGUUCACCUUUGAGUCUUCCUUUGCAGAAAGGCUAUGAAGGUGCAGCAUACUGCUGUGCCACUGCAUCCCUCUCUAUUCUUAUUCUCUUCCCUGCUAUCUUUCAGCAGGACAGUUGCCUGCUGAAAAAUCUGAUGGUGGUUUAGAUAUGAAGCUGAAAGGAGCAAAGAGGCUGAGUAAAUGCUGUUUUCCCAUGUUCUGCUCUUGAGUGGCCUUGGAGAGCUAGCUAUCUCCAAGCAAACAUUUGCUACUCUCUGCACAAUAGUGGCAGCUCAGAUGUCUUUACACAACAGAAGGGUAGUCCCAAAAUUUAGUUUUGAAUGCCUAAUGAUCAGCUGUAUUUACAGUAAUGAUGGCACCGAUGUUUACAGUGCCAGAUCUAGAAAAUUGUACUGUACCUUCCUGUUUCUGAGCCAGGCAACUUUAGAAGACUGUGGGCACCAAUUUGUUCAGGAGGAGCUGAUCCCCAGGCCAAAUACCCAUGAAAUUGUGUUUGCUAAUGCCAUGAAUCCUUUAGACAACAUUUAGAAUUAUUCUGCCUAAGCUGAGUAUCACCUGCUUUAGAAAACCAGUGUAUUCUGUUGUAACAAGAAACAGCCUCAGAAGGUAAUACUGACCUUAAAUCACAUGGCUAUUCCUGUCAUCUACAGCCAUCCCUAAAACAUAGACCCACUUCAAGACAAUUUAUAUUGAGUUCAAAUGCUGCGUUUCAUGAAGUGGUCUCAUGUGCAUCUUCUGCUAUGAGACAGGUAUCAUGCCAUGUUAACAUUAGUUGGAUUUUCCCCUGACACCACUGCCUGACCAGGGAUGUAUUGUUUGCCAAAGAAUUAUUAGAUGUUGUAUAAAGGCCUUGAUGAUACAUAAUUGUAUGAAGUAGUUUAAAGAGUCCCUGUGUAGUCAUUAUCCAUAUGCUAAAAUAAAUAAAGAUGGCAGUUAUAGACCAGCCCAGGCAGAUAAACUGCAUGGCCCAAGAAACAGCUGAUUGACAAAUUGUAUGUCAGAUAAACCCAGUAGUUCAGGAGGCUGUUGCUGAGUAAUAGCAGACUAGUGCCUUUCAUAUCUAUACAAGAAAAAAUUUGCUCAAGAAAAACCACUACAAAUUUUGCUAUUUUCCAGUCAAGAAAAGGAGUGAUUUGUACUUGGCUCUCUGCAAUUAGUACAGUUCUGUGAUGCAGCUGUUCAGAUAGUGUCUGUAAAAUCUGGUAGCCAUUUUGUUGUGCUAACCAUUGCAAAAGUUAGCUGGCUGAGUUUGGAAUGUAUGUCACAAUGUUGUGUAAGUUAAUGUUCAGCUCAAGAGUGAAAAGAAAGCUGCUGGUGGAUGUGAGAGGGAAAACUGUCACUGUGAUCUGGAAAUUGCCAGCAUACUAACACUGAAAAGUAAUACAACUCAGAAAAAGAUAUCCCAUAUCCAGCAAAGCUUAACUUCAGUAGGAUUGAUUCCAUGCUUAAAGCUAAACAUGUAUCUAAGUGCCUUGCUGGAUUGUGCCCUAAGAUGACAGCGGAGCAUGGGUUUCUGGGUUUUCUGUCAUAUCUAAAUCUUUAAAUAUUUCUUAGUUUUGUAGUCUAAAGAUUUUGUUUCUGAAAUGGAAAGAAUCUGUGGACUUCUGCUCUACUGAUACCGCUUUGGAUUUCCACUCUUGUCAAUAAGAGAGCUGGUUCCUUGUCUCAGACUUCAAACUGUGCACCUGCCCAGGUGUAGGAGCAGGAUCAAAACUGAAUUACAGCUAACCAAAGAGAGCCUUAGCAGGUCUCUUCUGGUGCAGUUCCACUGGAGUAGCCCAGUUCCAUGUAGACCCACAAGGGUGCAAUCCUGUCUGUAUUGAGCAAGUGGGAGUGUUUCUGUUCAGUUCAGCAGUGUUCGAUUGCAUGCAUUUUCCAUAACAAAUGUACUGCUUUAUAAAGUAUAGCCUGAGUAAAGAUUUCAGUCUCAGGAUCUACAUGUCUAAAUCUAAAAAGCUACAGUUAUGGCUAUCUUAAUGACUAUUUCAUUAUCUGAGGUUUGCUCUCUGGGCGGAUGUCUAGCCUGGAAGAACACCCUUAGUCUUCCCAACAGGUACGGCAUAGUCAGCUGUCUUUCUCUGGCUCAGUCAUUGGUGUGCCAAAUUUGUUUUAUUUUUAUAUGCUUGCUGCAGCUGUAAGAAACAUAUAAUUAGUUUAUGGUUUAAGAUUAUACUUGUAAACAUUCUGUCAACAUCUAAACAAGUGGAAAAGGUCUUCACCUUAGCAAUUAUAGAGAAGAUCUUAGUCUUUUAUUUCCUUUGUGACUGUGCUUUAAUUACACACACUUGUUUCUAUUACGUGUUUGCUCUAGUUGCACAAAUCCCUCAUGAGUUUUGCUGUGUUCCUUUCUUGGAUUUCUUGCAAUUAUAACACCAUUUAUUUGCACCCUACAGUUAGAUAGUUUUGGUAGAAUGCUUUAAGCUGUGUAAAUACUGCCUGAUUAUUCAUGCCAAGGAAGGAUCAGACCUAACAUAAUAUGAAACAGACACUAAAAUAACACUGAUAGCCAGGUGAAACCAAAGAAUCUUCCUAAUUAAAAUGAAUCACCUUUGAGCAUAAUGUUCUGUCACUACAAGGCUCAUAUCUCUCAGUUAUUUGUGUUUAAGCACUCAGAAAAAAAUCUCUGCAGGUCAUGCAUUUACUGCACAAUUUGCUUUCUAUUUCUUUGAGUCUGAACUCCAGAGUUUUUAUUUUGCUGGGUGGUGAGAUUUAUAUGACGACAGCAUGGUAAAUGACAGCAUUUAGUUCCAGCAGUUCUGUACCAAACCUUUUAUUAUUCCCUUGAACUCUUUUGAAAAGUCUGUAUGCAACUGAUAAAUGUUCUGCUGAAGAGAAAAAUGUUGUUCAACUGACAUGUGCAUUCCAGUUUCCGACCUACCUUGUACAUGUUUAAGAACCUCCUUUUGAAUAACUCAAACAUAUAUUUUUCUCACAUUUUGCCCUGUGUGGGAUCCUGAUAUUUUCUCCCCAAAGAAAGCUGUGAAAUCCUAUAUAUCUGCCCUGAAAUGUGAAGUCCUUCUUCACAGGCUGAGAUGUGUAGUGAUUGUGGUGAUUUAUACCUCAUCUUGUUCUGCUUGCUACUAUACUUCUGACAUACAGUGCACUGUCUGAAAGAAAUUAAUGACUAUGGGAAACCAAUGCCAUUUGGAUAUUUUAUCACAAGAAUUACCAGUUUGAAUUUAAUUCCAUUUAUUUUUCCUUUUUACUUGCACAAAGAAUUUAAGCGAUCAUUGUCAUCUUAUGAACAAAAUGAUCUUUGUAAACUUGAAAAACAAAUAUAGAAGUUGAUUUACAGCAAUAUGGAAUUGUGACAAAAGUCUAAAGGUAUUGGAAUAUAUCAAAAUCAGAGGUAUAAUCUCUAGAAGGACUAACACCAGCUGAGUUCUCCAUUUCAGAGUGUUUUUACAGCAAGAUCAUGGCCUUCAUUCAUAUACUAGUUGUGUUCAAAGAACACUUGUAAAUCUGCUUCCCCAGCAGCAAUUAUAUUUCAAAUGGCUGAAACUCGGCAGCAAAGUUGUGACCAAAUUCUUGCCUUCAUGUUCUUCGGAGUGGUGCCAGUGCUCAUUAUGUCCUUGUAGUUGGCACAAAUUCAUAUCAGUUGAACUGAGAGUAGAAUUUGACUCCCACUGUCUCUUCCAUUGCAAGAAAGUAUUCAAAAUCAUUUAUGAUCACUGAAAUAACUUCAGAACCUUUUAAAAUUCCCUGUGUCUCAUGCUCGCAGGAAUUUGCAGUGCACCCUUAGGAGGUGCAAUACCUCUUUAAAUAUUAGUAAAAGUUUCUAGAACUGCUUACUUUGAAAACAGAAAGGGAUGGGUUUAUAAGCUGUAAAUAACAGAAAUCUAUCAUGUUAUUUAUUUUUUCAAUGACUAGUGACCUUAUGCACUGUGAAUGCUCUGUGAUAUGGGGUCCUUUGUACAGAUAAAUGUGUCAUGAAAUCCCAAUGGAUUUAAUGUGAUAAUUUGUUACAAAAUGUUGGCAUGAUAUUUGAUUAUUUUUGUUGUGAAAAUUUUAAAAAAUAGUUAAUUCAGCAUUUAUAAAAGAUUAUAGCAGUCAGUAUUAUAAUGCACUAUAUAAAAAUAUAUACACUAUCAAUAAAUUAUUUAAACAACUA